GUUUGGAGUGUAUACGGCGAGAGUCUGUCGGUCGGCAGCGGCAGGCAGUGGUUGGAGGAGGUUGCCAACGUAGGUUUGUUGUGCUGGAGGGAAGGAAGGAAAAGGGAAAGAACAGGAGAGAAAACCUUCGUGCUAAUACGUGGGUUGCCUAGUUGGAGGGGCGCGAGCGAAAAGUCUGGCUCUCCGCCGGUCUGCUUGAUUCGGUACAAGCAGUGUGCGCCGUGACGUGACAAUGGCAGUAGUCGUGAACGCGGCACGGUGGUUUAUCUUGAGCAGCUGAUCGACCGACGACUACUGCCAACCAAAAUCUCAACCAUUAUAUUUAUUCUACCCUUCGUAUAUACAAACCCAGUCUUAAUGGUGGUAAUCGAGUCGUAAAACAGCUGGCGCAUUUAUGCCGGUAUCGUGAUCGUAUUAAAAAAAACGGCCGUUAAUAUCGUUGGUGUCAGUGCUGUGCGUGCGCGGAUGUGUUUGAACGUGAAAUUUUCAAAAAAUAGAUAAAUGUCUCUCAGCCAUGCCCGUGCGGAAGUACAGAAGGGAUACCAGCGAAGUAAGCUGCUGCCUCAAGUACGUCAUCUUUGGAUUUAACGUCAUGUUUUGGUUGCUUGGACUUGGCAUCAUGGCAGUGGGAGUCUGGGCGUGGACCGAAAAGGACACCUUUAACAAUCUAUCUCGUCUCACGAACGUCGCACUCGACCCAGCAUUUAUUCUCAUUCUAGUCGGUACAGUGACAUUUAUCAUUGGAUUUACGGGGUGUGUUGGCGCACUCAGGGAAAAUACGUGCCUCCUAGCUGCAUACGCGAUAUUCCUGGCGUUGCUACUCUUAUUUGAGAUGACAGCAGGUGUUUUGGGUUUCAUCUUUAAAGACUGGAUAAAGUCACAGGCAACAGGGGGCUUCCAAGCGUUUAUCAUUCAUUAUCGUGAAGAUCCAGAUCAGCAGAAUCUCAUCGACUGGAUUCAAGAAGAUUGGUUACAAUGUUGCGGUAUCGAAGGCCCCAAGGAUUGGGACCGCAACAAUUACUUCAAUUGUUCCUCCAGCGAAAUUGGCUCGAGGGAAGCUUGCGGCGUGCCUUUUAGCUGUUGCAAACGAAAGCCUAACGAAAUUAUCAAGAAUAAACAGUGUGGCUAUGACGUCAGGAAACCCGGCUAUCCGGGCGAAAGGAGUAUAUUUGAAAGGGGUUGCCUGAGGGCGGGUGAGGAGUGGCUAGAGUUGAACCUUGUGCCCGUAGCAGGUACCAUUGUGAGCACUAUGGUUCUCCAGGGUCCCUAGAUGGAGGUUGGUAUAACCUCAUUUGGCUUCGCGAUUGAAUCCAAACUGAUGCGUUUGCGAAGUUCCUGGGUCAUGGACGCAAACGGCAUACGUGAACGGAUCGUAACCACGGACUAGCCUGACCCAUAAGAGGGUUUCUGAUUGAGGGUGCUAGUAAUAUAGCAAAUAUAUAUAUAUAUAUAUAUAUAUAGAAGAGACGACACAGACAGGUUUGUGAAUAAGGGUGGUAAACCUACUGAGAAUUCAUGCAUAGUACAACAUACAGAUUUAUAUACAUAUAUAGUAUACUGUCGGGUAACGAGGUACCCGGGACUAAGUCGCUUGUAUAACGGGCAUCUCGUGACUAAAUCGUGUACUAAAUUCCCUAGAGGGUUUCCACGUAAAACUUGAGCCACGACGCGGCGACAAUCACCGUUUGCCAACCUCACGAAAGUAAUACGAUUACCAACGGGUUAACGUACAUUACUCGAAAUUUCUACCACGAUUUGGUGUUUUCUCCCCUCGAAUGGUAUAUUUAUCCCAGCCACCGCGAUACAUUAUACGUAGUUUGAUUUGGAGUUUAAGCAGGUAUACCAGUUCGGUAUGGUAAUUACGAAAUUCAGUCCCACGUAACCAGACGAUCAUCCAACCGCGAAUCGUUAUUUAAAUCUAUCGAAAGUUUCUCGAAACGCAGGCAACUACUGGUAUUAGCCGUGUGUGUUCCAUGUUCGCUUAACGAAAUUUCGAACUAAUUAACGCGUGUAAGGCUCGCAGGUAAUUAGCGUCGCGUUUAAUAUUACAGAACUGCGAUAAGAGAGACUCCGCUUGGUACCUGCUUCGUGGUUGCUUCUGGACGGGUAACGGGAAUAUAUGUAUACACAAGUAUGGGUAUAACGAACCAACACGAUUUUCCAACCAUUUUAUGGAAACACCUAUGUUGUAUUCGAUGUAACGAAACGACCCUUGUUACUAACAUAACGUAAUUACGUUUACAAACCUUUCUCUCGCUCUUUCAAAGUUUCAGCCUCUCUCUCUCUCUCUCUCACACACCCUUUACCUUUGCAGCCUGUUACGUUUCAGAAACACGCUCGCGCUUCAUAAAUUAACCCGAACGCGAUCGUGGCAAAUACACUGAGUGUAAUUCAGACCGAGUGGCACACGCGACCCAAAGGAGUCGAAAUAGAAGCUAAUAAUAUGUGUGUCGGGAUCUCGUAAAUAGGCUAUACGGAAAUUGCAUUGUUUUUAUCAAAACUGUUAUAUCCAUCAUAUUGGUAUCUACCAUAUAUAUGCUUGUUGACUGUAAUCAUUAAAAUAGUUGUUUACGUUGAAAUCUGUCGGAAUUUUAAAUUACUUUUUUUUUUAAUUCUGGACUUCUGGACGAGCGCGAUUGCUCAUUGGAAUAUC